AUGAUUCUUUCAUGUACUGGAACUUCAGCAUUGAAAAACAAUGAUUCAACAUGGGCACGAUGGAUAACUACAGCUUGUGAUUUAUUUCUCUCAAUCUUAUUAGGUUUUGGUUUAUCUUCACUAAUAAAUUAUUAUCAACAGCGAAAAGUCAAAUCUAUCCUUCAAGUAUCAACUGAACAAAUCAUGAGUAAAUGUGAGAGAAAGCUGAAAUUCAAUAAGCAUAUACCCCAAAAGACUUUAUCUGAGUUUGUACCGUUACAACCUUACCGAGUUAUUGUCAUUCGACAACAAACAUCACCUGUCAUCAUCAAUGAAUUAAUUAUCGAAGCUCGAAAAACAAAUAGAUUUACAAUACAUCCAUAUGAUUAUAAGUCUUCUGGUGAUCAUUAUCUGGAAAUAGAAUUCUUACAACAAUCUUCUUCUAUUAUAAUUUCUAUAGAAAUUUUUCAUCAACAGAAUCUUUUAUUUGAAAGAAUCGAUGAUUUUCUCUCGAUUAUCUUACAUCCAUCGAAUAUGAUUUAUACUUGGAAAGAUUUUGAUAAAAAUUUAAUCGAUUAUCAAAGUUAUCAAGUCUUUUUAAAUGGUGACAUAAAUCAAUGUCAUUUCGUCAAUGUUCAAAAUUGUUUUAAAACGUGGUAUAAUACAACAUUUGGUCAUAAUCAAAAUUGCAAUCAGCUUCUUGAUUUUAAUGAUAUCGAUGGUCCAUUAUGUUCAUGUUCACAUCGACCUGUUAAAUGUCCAACUGAGCAAUGGUCUUUAACAAAUGCUAUUGCAUACACAUUUCAUCAAAACUUCUCUAAUGGAAGUACUAGUUCAAAAACAUGUCCAGCCAUUACAAAACUAUUUAAUAUUAUUCAAAACAACUGGACACGUCAACAGAUAGAAUAUUUCCGAAAACAAUGUCAUAUCAAUUCACCACAAUCGUUUAAAACAUGGUAUAAUACAACAUUUAAUCAUAAUGCAAAUUGUGGUCAAAUCCUUGAUUUUGAUGAUAUAGACGGUCCAUUAUGUACCUGUACACAUCGACCUCUUAAAUAUGUUAAUAAUCAAUGGUCUCUAAUCAAUGCUAUUGCAUAUACAUUUCAUGAAAAGUUUGGUACGGAAGAACAAGGUCUUCAAGCAAUUCUAGCCCUAUCCAAACUCUCACUGGUAAUUCGUGAAAACUGGAAUGCUCAACAAGUUCAAGAUUAUAUCAGCGAACAUCAAGCACCUGAAAAAAAUCUAACAUCUAUACAACUGAACAGCUACCGUGAGAAGAAUAGAAUGACACGUAUGCCAAUAAUAUUUGAAGAUGAAACUGAUAACAAUGAAGAAUGGAUUUCCAUGGAUGAAGAUAAUGAUAACACAUGGAUUUUAUAUGAUGACAACAAUGGUGAAGACGAAGAUAAUCAGUUAACUUCUCAUCAUCAAGAGCCAGAAGAAUUCAAAGAUCUUGAUUGGAAUGAUGUACCCAAUUUUAUUUGUCAGCUGAACUAUAAUCAUUUAAAAGGAUAUGAACGCCAUCAGGUUGAAGAAGAAAAUCGUACUAUCCUAUCUAGCCGACGUAGAUUAGUUGCUAAGAAGGCUAUUAUCAGAUUACCAUACAAGAGCACUUCAUUUUAUAUUGCUUCUGAAAAAGACUUUCAACAAAAAGAAGUCGAUUAUAUGAACCGAACAGGUGCUUACAAAUGGAUACAUACAUUAGAUGAUGCUCAUAGUCAUGUCAGUGAAACAUGUCUAGUGGAAAUGAUUGAGCAAGUUGAACGUAUAUUAGAUGAUUUACUUGAUUCAAAUUGUAUCCAUCAAGCACAGCAUAUGAUCAUGACUUUUGUUCGAAGUUCGGUUCGAAUGCAUUAUCUGUAUUUUGUGCCAGAAACUCAUAAAGAAAAUAUUCCAGUUCGACCGAUCUUCGUCUGUAAUAAUGGGCCUACAAUAAACAUAGUCCGUUAUAUAACUCCACUUCUAUGGUCAAUCUUUGAUCGAGCAACUAAUUGCAAACGAUUUUCAAAUGGUGCUAUUGAUGUUAUCCAUGCUAUCGAACAUGAUGCUCAUAUGGAUCACUUUCAAUCUCCAAUUCUUUUUGUCACAUUCAAUUUAGAUGAUUUGAUCAACAUUUUUCCUCAUGAUGAAACCAUAAUUGCCUU